GCGGGACUAGUUGAAUUUUGGGUUGAACCGUGGAGCAGAAGGCGUUAGGCAUGUCUCGAGAGUGGUGACGCGUUAGUUACAAGGUGGGUGCCAGCCGCAGAGGAAUCCUUCCUUGUAAAGUAAUAAGUAAAGCAAAAGACGGUAGCCUGCAUAGCUUGAUGGUGGUGCAGGUCCGUUUCUCUCAAUUGAGACACUGUUUACUACCACAAAGAAACAGGGUUACGUUUUCGCAUCGGGAUUUGGGAUCGAGAUGUGGGUGUUCUACCUGAUCUCGCUUCCGCUCACGACGGGCUUGGUCCUCUUCACUCUCAACUACUUCGCCGCCCCUCACGUCCCUCGCUACGUCCUCUUCACCGUCGCUUACACCUGGUUCUCUUCCCUCUCCAUCAUCGUCCUCGUCCCCGCUGAUAUCUGGGCCACCAUAUCUUCCCGCCAUGAUAUUGCUCCCAUUUCCUUCUUCUGGAGCUGGUCUUAUUGGAGCACCUUUCUCCUUACCUGGGCCGUCGUGCCCCUUAUUCAGGGUUUUGAAGAUGCUGGGGACUUCACAGUGUCUCAGCGAUUGAAGACUAGUGUCCAUGUUAACUUGGUCUUCUAUCUAAUUGUUGGAACCAUUGGCCUCGUAGGACUUAUUCUUCUCAUUAUGAUGCACAAGAAAUGGCAUGGAGGUCUUUUGGGAUUUGCCAUGGCCUGCUCAAAUACCUUUGGACUAGUUACAGGUGCAUUUCUUCUUGGCUUUGGUCUAAGUGAAAUUCCCAAAAGUGUUUGGAGACAUGCUGACUGGACAAUCCGCCAGAAAGUUCUCUCCCACAAGAUUGCCAAAAUGGCUGUCGAACUUGAUAAUGCUCAUCAAGAACUUUCAAAUGCUAUUGUUGUUGCCCAAGCAACGUCCAACCAGAUAUCCAAGCGUGAUCCAUUGAGACCUUACAUGGAUGUCAUUGAUAAUAUGCUAGCCCAAUUGUUUAGGGAAGACCCAUCGUUCAAACCACAAGGUGGCCAAUUAGGGGAAAAUGAUAUGGACUAUGAUACUGAUGAGAAGUCAAUGGCAACACUUAGACGUCAUCUUCGGGGAGCUACUGAGGAGUACUACAGAUAUAAAAGUGAGUAUAUGACUUAUGUACUGGAAGCCCUUGAGUUGGAAGAUACGAUAAAGAAUUACGAACGCUGCAACUCAACCGGAUGGAAAUAUGUUUCAAGCUUUAAAUCUUCUAGGACUGGCAAGUUAGGAUCUCUAGUUGAUACUUUAGAAUUUUUAUGGCGAUGCAUUUUAAGAAAACAAGUAGAGAGGGGCUUGGCUGUUGUAUUUGGUAUCAUGUCUGUUGCAAUUCUUUUAGCAGAGGCAACUCUUCUACCUAGUGUUGAUCUAUCUCUUUUUUCAAUUCUUAUCAAAUCUGUUGGAACACAGGAGAUGCUUGUGCAGGUGUUUGCUUUUGUCCCUCUCAUGUACAUGUGCAUCUGCACAUACUACUCCUUGUUCAAAAUUGGAAUGUUGAUGGUUUACUCUUUGACACCCAGACAGACGAGUUCAGUCAACUUGCUUAUGAUAUGCUCCAUGGUUGCUCGUUAUGCACCCCCUAUCUCAUACAAUUUUCUCAAUCUCAUUCGCCUUGGUUCCGACAAAACAACUGUAUUUGAACAGCGAAUGGGUAACAUUGAUAAGGCUGUCCCUUUCUUUGGAGACAAGUUUAACAGAAUCUUUCCACUCAUUAUGGUUAUAUACACCCUUUUGGUUGCAAGCAACUUCUUUGACAGAAUAUUUGAUUUUCUGGGAAGUUGGAAGAGGUAUAUUUUUAAAACUGAAGCUGAAGAUAUGGAUGGUUUUGACCCGUCAGGAUUAAUUAUCUUACAGAAAGAACGGACUUGGCUUGAACAAGGAUGCAAAAUUGGUGAGCAAGUAGUUCCACUAGCAAGGAAUUUCAAUGGUAUUGAUGUUGAAUCUACCAGCAGUCUGAUGGAAAAAAAUAGUGUUGAAAUGAGGGGAACUUCCAGUCUGACAAAUACAGAAAGAGAUGGAGGUCUUCCUAAAACUUCAAGGGAAGAGACUAGGAGAUAUACUUCUAGCAGGGAAUCCAUAAGCAGCAAGUAUGCUGCUUUCCGGCGGCAGAGCGAACAGGCAUCUAGAUAUAACUCCAAGAGGGAAGAGAAAAAUAUUGAGUCCAGUAAGGUUUCCUUGCUUGAUCACAGUGAUACUUCUCAUUCAGACAAUACAGCCGGAGUGUCAUCUGCGGGUUUGGCCUCGACAUGGCAAACAAUGAAGACAGGCUUUCGGAGUUUCAAGGCCAACAUGGGAGCCAGGGGGCUUUUACCCAUACACCAACCACUGGAAGGUAAGAUCAACCGUGCUUCCUCGUCGGAGUCCCUUGAUGAUAUCUUCCAAAGACUGAAACAGCCUUCAGCAGAGCAAGUUAUUCAUAACGAGGAGGAUUAAUUGGAAGCCAUAUACAAUAUUGGGAUUCCCAAGUCCAUAUUAUCAUGUAUAUUAAUGUGAAAGUGCUGCAUGAUGUUCUUACCAUUCUUUCUUUUUAAUCUUAGUUUAACCUUAGUCCUCUAGUGUAGCCUAAAGAAGGAAACAGAGUCCGCCAUACAGAAACUUGAACAGUAAUCAUAUAUAGAAGCCAUACUUGAAAAAUGUUCAAUUGUA